AUGGCUCAGCUUCCUCCGCGCACUCACCGCUUCCACCACCUUGCUUGCACUCACCUCUUCCACCACCUUGCUUGCACUCACCGCUUCCACCACCUUGCUUGCACUAUCCCUCCCACCUCCUCUCGCACUCCACCCACCCUUCCCGCUCGCCUUGCCUCCCUUCUGACCCGCUUCAACCCUCUCUCUUUCUCUUCCACCACACCACCACCACCACCACCACCACCACCACCACCACCACCACCACCACCACCACCACCACCUGCUGUCAUAUAUCUCCCGGCCCUCUCACCAACCUGUCCCCCCUGCGCCUUCACGCCUAUCCCUGGGGGCGUCCAGUCAUCACUGGGGUCUCUCAACCUCACCACCUCCACCAGCGGCGCAUCAGAAGCUUCUGGAGCGUCUAGAGCGUCCAGCGAAUACCCCAAAAGAAGUGCGGUACUGCAGGUUGCUAGGACGGGCGAGAGGAAAGUGCAAGUGUUUAGAGCGAGUGUGCUCAUGGGAGUGUGCUCAUGGGAGUGUGCUCAUGGGAGUGUGCUCAUGGCAGUGUGGUCAUGGGAGUGUGGUCAUGGGAGUGUGGUCAUGGGAGUGUGGUCAUGGGAGUGUGGUCAUGGGAGUGUGGUCAUGGGAGUGUGGUCAUGGGAGUGUGCUCAUGGGAGUGUGCUCAUGGGAGUGUGGUCAUGGGAGUGUGGUCAUGGGAGUGUGGUCAUGGGAGUGUGGUCAUGGGAGUGUGGUCAUGGGAGUGUGGUCAUGGGAGUGUGGUCAUGGGAGUGUGGUCAUGGGAGUGUGGUCAUGGGAGUGUGCUCAUGGGAGUGUGGUCAUGGGAGUGUGCUCAUGGGAGUGUGCUCAUGGGAGUGUGCUCAUGGGAGUGUGGUCAUGGGAGUGUGGUCAUGGGAGUGUGGUCAUGGGAGUGUGGUCAUGGGAGUGUGGUCAUGGGAGUGUGCUCAUGGGAGUGUGCUCACGGGAGUGUGGUCAUGGGAGUGUGCUCAUGGGAGUGUGCUCAUGGGAGUGUGGUCAUGGGAGUGUGCUCAUGGGAGUGUGGUCAUGGGAGUGUGGUCAUGGGAGUGUGCUCAUGGGAGUGUGCUCAUGGGAGUGUGGUCAUGGGAGUGUGCUCAUGGGAGUGUGCUCAUGGGAGUGUGCUCAUGGGAGUGUGCUCAUGGGAGUGUGCUCAUGGGAGUGUGCUCAUGGGAGUGUGCUCAUGGGAGUGUGCUCAUGGGAGUGUGCUCAUGGGAGUGUGCUCAUGGGAGUGUACUCAUGGGAGUGUGGUCAUGGGAGUGUGGUUAUGGGAGUGUGGUCAUGGGAGUGUGGUCAUGGGAGUGUGCUCAUGGGAGUGUGCUCACGGGAGUGUGGUCAUGGGAGUAUGCUCAUGGGAGUGUGGUCAUGGGAGUGUGGUCAUGGGAGUGUGCUCAUGGGAGUGUGGUCAUGGGAGUGUGCUCAUGGGAGUGUGGUCAUGGGAGUGUGCUCAUCGGAGUGUGGUCAUGGGAGUGUGCUCAUGGGAGUGUGCUCAUGGGAGUGUGGUCAUGGGAGUGUGCUCAUGGGAGUGUGCUCAUGGGAGUGUGCUCAUGGGAGUGUGUAGGGUAA